AAAAGUUGUAGUGCAGUUGUUUGUCACACGGGUUGUGUAGCUGUUCGACAUUGGAUGCAUAUUUCAAGAAGUUUUAGAUCAAAAUAUUUGGUUGGGAAAAUAUGAGUGUAGAUCACUAGUGUUUCGGCUUGAGUUUAGCCUUGGGUAGACUACAUGUUCAUGUUGUUCCCCGUGUUUGACCUGAACCAGCGAAAUUGCAUAAAGAACAUAGUGAAUGGCGCUCGGGAGUAACAAUCCAUUAUCGGUGCUUCGAACUGUGACUAGUCAAUAACUAUGCCGACCACGUCACCAGGGGAAGAGAAGGAAUGCCGCCUGGAAUCUCGCCGAAACGAGCCUGUCUCGCUUGUUGUGCAUAUUCGACCAGUGAGCCGUGUAAAGAGCAACCAAUAAUAUUAAUACCGUCGAUGAAAAGUGAGGAAUGACACGAGGGGCAGAGGAACAAGAAAAAGAAAAAUAACAAGUUGCAGUAAGAAAACAACAUAUCGCCUCAGAAGUGUGUAAAGAUAAGAAUGAAUGAAGGAAAAAAAACGCUGAAUAAAAUGAUAACGUGAAUGAAUAGAGCGAAAAAAAUAUAUAAUUCAUGCGAGGAAUCAUAAAUUCGGACGGCUGCCCGCGCCAGUAAGUGUUUGCCAGCAGUCGGUGUAAUAUGUGCGGUUUUGAGCGCGAAUGUCAAGUGAUCGCGUGGUUUGUGUUCAUCCUUUAGGACGAAGGACGAAGAAAACUGGUUUUUUGCGAUAUUUGAGUUGUACUGAACACACAUGGUCAUAUAGAUAGUAGCGGUAGUGCUUGCAAUCCGUUACGCUACAAGGGAUAAUGAAUGGGAUCGUCUAUCUGUAUGGAGCAUUACUGUUUGUUCUGAGUCAGACGGAGCUGUCGCGACAGUUUUAUCAGAUCGAUCAUAGCGGGGGCGGUGGUUUACCUUCCAGCCCACAGGAUGACAGCUAUGUCGUAGGAGUGGUCGAAUUCCGACCCGAGCUGCUCGAUAUGGACAUACGGCGGAGAACCGAACUACAUUUCGAGGCGUACGAGCAGCUGAUUCGAUCCGACGAUGCGAAGCCCGUCGAUAUACUGGUCUUCCCCGAGCUCACCCUCAACACCCUCUCGGAUCCGGUGUACGUCCCGGACCCACAGGACUCCAUCGUGCCAUGCCGGACAGAUUCUCCGGAGAUGCUUUCGCGUCUAUCCUGUCUGGCGGCCGACGCGGGCAAAUAUAUUGUGAUAAACCUUUCCGAAAUAUUCGACUGCGAGUUGUCGCCCUCGGAAGAUCCCCGACCGUGUGGGCCCCAUGGGUUCCACCGGUACAACACGAACGUCGUAUUCGACCGCAACGGAGCUGUGAUAGCGCGAUACCGUAAGUUCAACCUGUUCGGAGAGGCUGGCACCAACACCACCCAUCUGCCGGAGAUUGUAACCUUCGAGACUGAUUUCGGGGUGACGUUUGGAGUGCUCACCUGUUUUGAUUUGCUAUUUGCCCAGCCGGCGUUGGAGCUGGUGAAGCGCGAUGUAAAGGAUUUCGUGCUGCCAUCCAUGUGGAUUUCGGAACCCCCAUUCCUGACGGCGACGCAAGCUUACGAAAGCUGGGCGUACGCAAACAACGUCAAUUUGAUUGCGUCCGGGGCGAACUUCAAUACCGCUGGAAGCACCGGCACCGGUGUAUUCAAUGGACGCAAUGGGGCUGUGUUUUCCUUCAUGACAGGCGAAAAUACUAGGUCGCUGUUUCCUGUCCGUGUUCCAAAAAUCCAUGAUAUACCCAAGACGAACCAUCAGCAGUUCUACACUGCUGACACCGUCUCGGGACGACUGCACGGGAAGUUCCUCGAGGAUAUAAGCAUGUUCAGUGACACUUUGGAACAGUACACAACGAUGCAGAUCAACCCCAUGCAGUACAAUGAUCAAAUUGGUCAAAUCAUCUGCAAUGGGGACUUUUGCUGUGAUUUCAGCGUUACCCUAGCGGUGAUUCCCGACCGAGAUAUCACGCACCACUACCGGUUUGCGGUGUUCGAUGGUAUCCGAACAUUCCAGGGGUACGCCGAUGCACACAUUUCAACCUGUGGGAUCAUUUCCUGUCGCAAUGAAUCGCUCGCGAGCUGUGGGCUUCCGAUGAAUGAAAACUCAAACUACAUUGAAUUUAACGAAAUCACCAUUUCGGGCAAAUUCGUCGCCAACGGGACACUUGUGAUGCCAAACUCGCUCGACGAUAUGCUGCACUCACUAGAUACGGAUCACUAUCAGUUCUACUCGACUGUUGACUAUUCAACCAAUCAGCAGAACGUUCAACUGAUGCUUUCCAGCACAGUAGCGAACCUCCAAACCUUUGCCAUCUAUGCGUUCAAUCAUAAGAACUUCGAGUUCUUCAACCCCAUUGAUCCACCACCGGAGGAAGCUACCACAGACGAUCCACAAGAUCGAUUGAGUACAAUCGGAGACGAGGAAGAAGACGGUGGAAGUUCGAGGGUCAGGAUUUCCGGUACCCUAUUGAUCCUGCUGCUGGUCAGCGCGGUAUUUCAGCUUUAGUAGGUGCAACCUAAGCAAAACGUUAGUAUCUGGCUGACGCACGAUACUUGCUGUGUACAUAUUUGUAAAGUUCGUAGAGUAAUUCGCUCCACAUGCCAAAAUAUUAAGUUAAGUAAGAGAGAAACAGAGGUUGGCUGUUUUUGUUAGAUACUUUAAAUUAUAGGGAGUAUAAGUUACCGUUAUCGUAAAACUAGAAUUUUAUUUUCUCAAAGAGCUGGUGCGUUCUAAAUUUAAUUAUAUAUCGCAAUUUUAUUAUAUGGCCAACCUCCACUAGGUGAAUUCGAAAACGAUUUCCGAAGCAAUAAAGUUAUUUUGUAUUAUGAUUAUUAUAUUUGCAAA